AACGCAUGUUGAAUGUUUCGGCUGAUGUGUCAAAACAAUCUGAACGGAAUCUUCGUUUGCCGGAACGAAACAAAGCGAAUAUUAUUCGCAGCGGUGAUAAAGUGCAUUUUCUAUACUUUGCUUUAGGUUAGGUAGCGACAGAAGGUUUUGGUGUUGUUUCGUGAUCAUCCUUUUUUAUCAGUAUGUGCUUGAAAUAGUCAAUAAAGUGAUACGUGGUUCCGUUGCCGUGCGGUAGACGGUUGACGGUUAGCGGCUAGAGGAGAAGGCAGCAACGAAGAGCGGAAGAAUAGAAUACGUGGGCAUCCGCAUAGCCGUGCGGCUAUUUACUUACACACUUUUUGUUGGUGCGAUGCCGCCAUUCACGAUGCGUAAGGUUUCCUUGACCCAUUUUGUGCCAAUCGUAGCGGUAGCGUUCCUGUGCUUGUUUGGUGUCGCAUUCGUACAUGGCGAACAGAAAAGCCAUCCCAUCACUACGCAGCUAUCGGCCAAAUGGGGCAUCACGCCGGUGCAGCUAGAAAUUGCCGAAUUCAUCGACGAGGAAAGUGCCAACUCGUUCUGGGAUUACGUGGAUCUGUUGAACAAAGUUUCCGGCGGUUUGUACCACUUAGAAACGGAAGAAAAACGCUACCAAAAAUCGAUCGAAUUAGCAUCGGACAUUCUCGGCGAUGGUCAAAUCGGUUUGCUAAAGUUGGCACUUUCGUUGCACAGCUUCUCGCCAAAAGUGCAGGCCCAUCUUCAGGUGGCCACCGAGGUGCUGGCAAAGGGUGACUGUGAGACAACUAUAUUCGCUAGCGUUAAUGGGAAGGUAGCAUGUGAAGUGAUCGAUCUAGUGAGCAUCUUACGCUCGGGAACGAAAGAUUCGUCCUCCGUCGAAACGUUUGCCAUCGAUCACAUCUAUCCUGGGUCGGAAAACAAUUCCCUUACCGUGGUGCUUUACGGUGAGAUCGGUACGCGUGAGUUUAAGGAAUUUCACGACGCCAUUAAACUGGAAACGGAACGCGGAACCGUGCGAUACGUGUUGCGGCAUUACGUGAGGAAGGUAUCAUCAAGGAAAGUACGCCUUUCCGGGUAUGGUGUCGAGUUGCAUCUUAAAUCAACCGAAUACAAGAGUCAGGAUGAUUCACCCCGUGCGCAGGAUUCAUCGGCAACCGUGGACAGUUCGGCGGACUCCACCGAUGAGCUCGAAGCGGAAGUUGAAGGUUUUGAUUUUGCUCAGCUGAAGAAACGUUUCCCGCAUCUGAGCCACCCAUUAGAUCGAUUCCGUAAUGCUUUGCUGGAAAAGCACGAAGAAAUAGCUCCACUAAAGGCUUGGGAGUUUCAGGAGCUUGGCCUGCAGGCCGCUCAACGGAUCGCUGAAAUGCAGGGCGAUGAAGCGCUGCAAAUGUUGCAGUUUAUUUCGCAGAAUUUUCCCACACAGGCCAAAUCAUUGCUCACACAAACGGUGCCGGAAGAUUUCAAGAAAGAGAUGCGCCAUAACAUCGAAGUGUUUGGGCGCAACUUGAACUUGCAGCCGCCGGAUUCGGCCCUCUUUCUUAAUGGGUUGUUUUUCGACGCAGAAACGAUCGACACGGUCACGUUGCUUGAUACGCUGCGUUCGGAGAUGCGCGUGCUCGAAGGGUUAAACCGCAUCAACAUCCGUGGUGGAAGCGCAACGCCGCUACUCGGGCUGGAUUUAUCUUCCAGCUCGAAGGAGUUCGCUAUCGACAUACGGGAUUCGGCCAUUACGUGGAUAAAUGAUCUGGAAAACGAUGCCCAGUACCGGCGGUGGCCGGGAAGCCUGAAGGAUUUACUUCGACCGACGUUUCCCGGUAUGCUGCGCAACAUUCGCAAGAAUCUGUUCAAUCUGGUGCUUGUCGUCGAUCCUGUAGAGGGCGAUAGUGCCGGUAGGGAUAUUGUGAAGCUGGCUGAAAGUUUUGUUGUACAUAUGGCACCGGUUAGAAUAGGGUUAGUGUUUCGGACUGGUGAAGGAGAAGAUUACCGGGCACUAACGUGCGGAUUUAACUACGUGCAGCAGAAGAAAUCGGCUACCGAGGCACUUGGGUUUUUGACCGAUCUAUAUGCGGCCACCGCUGACCAGAAAGUUAUCCGGUUUGCUGACGUACGUCAAGUGCUGAAGAAAAAGUUUAACCGGCUGAAAUUGGAAGAAAUCGAUGAAAUUUUGGGUGAAGAUUCGGAUUUCGAUUAUGGGCGCCAGUUGGCGCAGGAGUUUAUCGAUCGUCUUGGCUUGAAAACCGUACCUCAAGCCCUGCUGAACGGUGUGCUGUUGCCCCAAUCUGCACUGACGAGCGAUGAAUUUGAGGAAACAAUUCUUACGGAAAUUAUGCAGCAAACACCAACGCUACAGAAGGCCGUCUAUAUGGGUGAUCUGCACGAAGGUGAACCCGUGAUCGAUUACUUGAUGAAGCAGCCACACGUGAUGCCACGCUUGAAUCAGCGCGUCCUAUCACAGGAUGAACCGCAUUUUAUCGAUAUGUCAGGGCGAGCGCAUCCGGACCUGGAAGAUAUAGCAGCACUCGGGCAGCUAUCGAAUCCCGAUCUUACGGCAACGCUGAUGAAAAAUUUGAAAUAUUUCGGCGGCAAAUCUACCUUCCAAAAGUUCCUCGGCUAUAGGGUACAUUUCCUUACCGUGUGGGUUGUAGGAGAUUUGCGCGAAGCAGCAUCCAGAAAGCAGCUGAAAAAUGCACUCAAAUUCAUGAAAUCAUCCUCCGGUACACGGGUUGCCUUUAUCCCCAACGUAGACGGAAAGGAUGCAAUUCGUUCGGAGUUGAAAAAGGAUCUGAAUUCGCUGGUAUGGGCCACCAUUAACACGCUGGAAGCGGAUGAAUCGUACGAUCUUGUGAUGAAACUGUUCGAAGCGUAUGAAACCGAUCCUGGAACUGUUGCUUCAACGGUACCGGACUCCGUGAUUGGGUUUUUGCCUGCCACCCAGAUGCAUCUCAAGAUGCUCCGUGUAUACUGUCAGCGUGUGCUAAAGCUAAAAGCAUCCGCUGGAACGGUGAUGGCAAACGGACGGCUGCUAGGAGUAUUUGAAGCGGAUGAAUUCUUCGAUACGGAAGAUUUUGGCCUGCUGGAAAGUUUCAAUGCGCUUCAGUACACGGACAAAAUACGGACCGCAAUGAAGCUAGCUUCCCUGUCCGAAGCGGACGAUACGCCGGCCAUCACGAGCGAUACGAUAAUGAAACUCGUGUCGAUUCUGGUACCGCGGCAACAGUCGAAAUCGCGAUAUACAAUCCCGACCGAGAUUCAGGACAAUCAUACGGCGGUGAAACUGUCACCGAAACGUACCGAUCAGCCGUUCUUCGAAAUCGUAGCCGUGCUGGAUCCGGCUUCAAGGGGUGCGCAAAAGCUGUCCUCGCUGCUAUUGCUUCUGCGCGAUGUGGUCAACUGUCAGAUGAAGAUUUUCUUCUGUGCGAUCGAUAAGCACAGCGAUAUGCCGGUCAAAACGUUUUAUCGCUUUGUUGUUGAGCCGGAACUGCACUUCACCAAAGACGGUAGACUGUCGGCUGGACCGUCAGCUAAAUUCGUAGGAUUACCCGCAAAUCCUUUACUAACCCAAAGCCUGAAUGUGCCUGAAAACUGGCUUGUAGAAGUCGUCCGUUCGGUGUACGAUCUGGACAACAUUAAGCUGUCGGAAAUAAACGGCCCAGUUCACUCGGAGUACGAGUUGGAGUACCUACUGCUGGAAGGCCACUGUUUCGACAGUACCACCGGUUCACCACCACGCGGUUUGCAGAUUACGCUCGGCACCGAAGAUCGUCCGAUCAUCGUCGACACCAUCGUUAUGGCCAAUUUGGGCUACUUCCAGCUAAAAGCCAAUCCAGGUGCAUGGAUUUUGAAGCUUCGGCAUGGAAAGAGUGCUGAUAUUUACGACAUUACCAGUGCCGAUGGGCCAAAUACGGUACACACGGCGGAAAGUACGCGCGUCAUCAUUAGCUCGCUACGAUCGCACGUGUUGAAAUUACGCGUCACGAAAAAACCGGGCAUGGCCGGUGUCGAUUUGUUGGGAGACGAAAAGGAUGGAGCCGGUGGUGGUGGAAUUUGGGAUUCGAUCAGUUCCAUCGUGGGCACCGGUGGUGACAGUGCUGGCAGUACCGGUACAGGCGAAACGGAAGUGUUAAACAUUUUCUCCGUCGCUUCGGGACAUUUGUACGAGCGGCUGUUGCGUAUCAUGAUGCUGUCACUGCUGAAACAUACGAAAACACCGGUCAAGUUCUGGUUCCUGAAGAAUUAUCUCUCGCCACAGUUUAUCGACUUUUUGCCCCAUAUGGCAGCGGAAUACGGCUUCCAGUAUGAGCUGGUACAGUACAAGUGGCCCCGCUGGUUGCAUCAGCAGACGGAGAAACAGCGCAUCAUCUGGGGCUACAAGAUCUUGUUCUUGGACGUUCUGUUUCCGCUUGACGUUAAGAAAAUUAUCUUCGUGGACGCUGACCAGAUCGUACGGGCGGAUAUGAAGGAGCUGAACGAUUUCGAGCUAGGUGGUGCACCGUACGGUUACACACCGUUCUGUGAUUCACGGCAGGAGAUGGAAGGGUUCCGUUUUUGGAAGCAGGGUUACUGGAAGAAUCAUCUGCAGGGUCGCAAGUACCACAUCUCCGCACUGUACGUGGUCGAUUUGAAGCGGUUCCGCAAGAUAGCGGCCGGCGAUCGUAUCCGGGGCCAGUACCAAGCACUCAGCCAGGACCCGAACAGUUUGUCCAAUCUCGAUCAAGAUCUGCCGAACAAUAUGAUUCACCAGGUGGCAAUAAAAUCGCUUCCGCAGGAGUGGCUAUGGUGCGAAACGUGGUGCAGCAGUGACACGUUGCAGUACGCCAAAACGAUCGAUUUGUGUAACAAUCCACUAACGAAGGAAGCAAAACUGACGGCAGCCCAGCGCAUCGUGCCAGAGUGGAAGGAAUACGAUGCGGAAAUCAAGCGGCUGCAGGCGAAGGCUGACGACAGCGAGCAUGAAGAGCAGGCAGCAAUGGGACGCGAUCCCAGUAAUGUACAUUCCACCGAAGAAUCUAAUGUGAAAAGGCAACACACCGAGCUGUGAUUGCGUAUGGUGCUGUUCCGGAUGCUGUUGCGAUCGAUCAAAUCCGCCGAUCGUGAAAGCGAGGGAAAGUAUGCGCACGAAUUUCGAAUGCUUGCGCGUGUGUGUGUGAGUUGGAGAUAGAAAAAUGUUUUAUGGAAUAAAAAAGGGUGAACAAAUAA